GAUGAUUCCUGGAUCCGCCCCGAACACGACCACCGAGCUUCAAACCAAAACCUCGGCUUCGUUCCAACUCCAACUUCAAUGUCGUUGUUUGUUCGUUCCCUCGGACUCCGUCUCUCAACGGACAUCAGACUUCCUCAGUUAGUUUAGUUAAUGGUCUCUCGCCUCUGUAAUGGUUGUGGUUCAAGCUUCCAAGCUCUCCCUGUCCCCUUCUUCUUCUUCCUCUUCUGCCUCCUCCUCCUCCUCCUCCGCGGCCCCGACAUCUCUCCUCUUCGAGCCCACGUCUCAAUCUCUUGCCCUGACCCACCCGGACUCCUCCCUCUCCCUCUUCCCUUCCCUGACUUCCCUCCUUUCCCUCUCCUCCCUCCCCCCUCCCCAAACCCUAAUCCAGCCGCCCUCCUCCUCUUCCAUCUUCCUCCUCCUCCAGCAGAACCCUAAUUCCACCCCUAUUGUCCUCUUCAUCGUGUCCGGGCCCCACCGCGGCGGGUCCCAGAUCCUCCUCCGCUUCUACGCCCUCCAACGGGGCAGUACUGCCAAAUUCACCAGGCCUAAGGUGGUGUGCAAGCAGAAGGGUCUCACCUUUGAGCCGAAUUCUGGGGUCUCGGUCGAUAAUCACCAUGGGUUUUCUGUUAAGCUUUCCGGGUCGGUCAACUUGUUCUCCAUGUAUUCGAUUUCCAGCUCGAAAGUUUGGGUGUAUGGGGUUAGGACCGCGGGGGACGAGAGAGCCAGUGAAGACGGGUUGGUUGUGAAGCUGAUGAAGUAUGCUGUGAUCGAGAGCUGCAGGCCGGUUUGGUCUAUUUGUGUCGCGUUUGGGCUGGCAGUUUUCGGCGAGGAGAAUGGGGUUCGGGUUUUCGAUUUGAGGUUACUCGGAAAAGGGCAUAGUAAGAAAGUGAAGAACAUGACUUCGAAUUCGAAGAAUGGGUUUAGAGGACCGCGAUUGCCCAAUGGCGUGAUUAGUGAGAGUACCACGGGACACUCGGAGAAUGCUUGCGAUUGUCACUUGGAGGGGAAGAUUGAUAAGCAUUGUGGAUCAAUCAAGCAGAAGUGUUUGAAGUUAAAACAAGACACACACAUAGGCCAUGCCUGUUAUGUGACAUUUGAGAGAGAUGACAGCUUAGACUUGAAAUCUCCAUCAAAACCAGUGCUUUCUUUGAAGGCUACUUCGAUCCAAGCAUUAUCCCCAGAAACAUUUAUGGUAUUAGACUCUCAUGGAGAUUUGCACCUCUUAUGCCUGCCCAAGUCUAACACAUUCUCCAGUCCCAAUUUCAAAAUUCACCUGAGGCGAUUACCUUGUACGAUGAAAGUGCAACACUUGGCUGCUCUUCCUGAUUCCUCGCUGAGUAUGCUGCUCUCCCCUGUUCAUAUGGAGCUGAAACUGUUUGGGUUUCUGAUGGGCAUUAUUCCGUGCAUGUGAUUAAUGGAUGUGAUAUAGAUGCUGCUAAUGGUGAAAAAGAUGGAAAUGAUAUUGAGGAAAAGCUGAGACAGAUAUCAGUGGGGCAGGCAAUCUUCACUAGUGAAAAGAUUCAAGCUUUGGUUCCCCUGUCAUCGCAUGGCACAUUGAUUCUUGGUCAAGGAAGCAUAUACGUAUACACUAUUUCAUGAAAGUGACUAGUGAUUGUUUAUGGCAAUCCUUUCACGCAAUGCUGCAUUGGACUUAUUUCACUUUCAGGACACUUAUCCUCGAGGCUGUAUUGAAAUUAUUUUUGACCAAGGUGGAUGCUUCCUGGUCGACGUUGAGCUUUGGUCUUGGUGUGCUUAAUGGGAUAAUUUUGGUAUAUAAAGAGCUUAGUUUUCUCGUGCAAGAUAUUCAGGGUAUCUUGAUGACACUGAGCUCUAGGAGACAGAUCAAUGAGACCAGUUGAAUGCCUGUUCAAGAAUCCCUGCAUCCUCGAAAUUGGAGUUUCAGAAACCAGAGUCCAACCCUGGCACAAUCUCCUUGAUGGACUUGGAACAAUAGCUGGUACUCCAGUGUACCUCUAUUUCCCGUGGAGCCGAGCAGAGCAAUGAGUGCUUAGAUGCUCGCCACUGGAACUUACUCUGCAACUUGGAGGCAGCUUCAGUCGCCACGCCCUUUAAAGAGAGUCGAUCCACUCUGGUUUGGUUAUAAGACGGGAUUCUUUUCUGGCUUCUAAGACUUGUGAUCAAGGUCGUUUUUUCUUUCUUUUGCGUUGUUCCUAGACUUUUCUAAGAGUCAUAAAACAGGUUCACUGAUUAAUUAUGAAACGCGUUUGAAUAUCAUCUACCAGAAGCUCCGAACAUGAUAUUGUUCCACGUUUCUUUACCAA